UAUCGAGGUUUAGCAGCUCCCUCGCUCUAUCUGUAAAUGAAAUCGUUUAAUUUAGUGAGCGUUGCACAACUGCUAGCGGUUAUCAUAGGCUGCCGUGCUGCGAAGUUACCAAAAUACCGAGCAAUCACGUAUCCCCAAGUCUUCGAUGGACGUGACGAAAACACAAAAGUUCUCAAAAUAAAUGACGAUAUUAGCUUGAACCUCGAGCCCAUAUCCGUACUGCAUGAAGAUUUUUUCAUUCGCACGUAUCGCAAUGGAGUUCCGGAACAUCAUUACCAUAACGUCCGAGAGCUGCAGAAAGACUUGUAUCAUGACAAAAAACGUUAUGCUGCAGUGAUGCUUUCCGAAGAAGACGGGGCAGUAAGAGUGGAAGGCGUAGUUGGCGCUAACUUAAAAAUCAGACCCAUCGAAACCGCCGAGCGCUCUGACGAUGGUCGUUUAGCGCACCUGGUCGAAAAUAUUGAAGAGGAUGACUCAUUCGAAGUAUAUGGUAAGGUUGUGGAGGAUAGUAUUGGCAUUUCCGAGCGUGCUGCAAGAAGUACAAGUGGUUUUGAUCAAACAAAGUACAACGUCUAUGAAAUGUUUCCGGAAGUAUUCGUCGUAUGCGAUUCCUGGUUCCAGGCAGAAUUUGUAAAGUCAAUGAACGUAACCGUUUACAUGAUUAUAACCUUUCAAGUGGUUUCUAUACGAUACAGUGCCCUUAGAAACCCAAAAGUUUACCCUGUACUGCGAGGAAUCGAACUUAGCACGCUACAACAGGAGAAAAAGUACUAUGUGUACCUUAACUCAGCAAGCAUCGAUGGGUACAAGUCCCUCCUAAAACUUGUGACAUUUGUCACGGAACGAAAUGACACAUAUCAAACAUUUGAUAUGGUAUACUUUGUAACAAGGUAUGACAUGGUUGCCGUAUAUGAUGACGGAUCAAGGCAAAAUAGUCUUCAAGGUUAUGCCUUUGUCGGAUCUGCGUGCUCGAAGAACCGGGAGCAACUUGGAGAAGAUACGGCAUACAGCUACAGGGGCAUUCGUACCAUGACACACGAAUUGGCACACGCGCUGGGUUGCUCGCACGACGGCACAGCUGCUCCUGGUAUUGUGACCGCGUUUACGCCGGACAGUCUGCAAUGUCCAUGGGAGCAUGGAUAUAUCAUGAGUUAUUACGAAGUAGACAUCAGAAGCAUGCAGUUCUCGCGUUGCUGUCGAUAUGACAUUCAGCGAAUGUCAUGGGCAUAUGAGGGCGGCUGCUUGCAUAAAAAUAAUUCUAAUAGGUUUCCAUUAAACUGGAUAAACGAAUAUUACUUGCCUGGAGAGAACCUUAGCCUAAAUAGGCAGUGUGAAAUGAAGUAUCCGCAACUCGACGGAACAUACUACUUAGAGAAGGUGAUAGACAAGUGGUACUGCCAAGGUUACUGCUAUGUACCCGAAGUUCCAGGAGAGUCUUCUGCCGGCCAGUGGGAUUUUCUGUUCAUGGAUGGCACUACUUGUCACGAGGGUUAUUCCAAGCUCAUAUGUAUAAACGGAGAGUGCCGGGCAGACCCGAGAAGAACAAAACGAGGAAACUACUCACUGGAAUGAAAAAUAAAAAAAGAAUAACAAUGA